AUGAUUGCCAAAGCGCAUCGCAACUUUUCUGUUCAGCUCCUCUUUCGUAAACACUUAACACUUCUCACCUGUCCUUACUUCUGUUUUGAAUCCAACGUCAUGGCCUUUGAUUUGGAGUCUUUGGCAGAUGCAACAUCGGGAGCCGUUGGUGCUCUAGUUAGCAACACUAUCUUGUACCCACUUGAUAUCUGCAAGACCAAAUAUCAAGCUGAAGUUAGAACUCAUCAUCAACAAAAGUAUAGGAACGUAUCUGAUGUUUUCUGGGAGGCAAUUGCUUCCAGGCAGAGGUUAUAUUUGGAGAAAAGUGGGAACAAAACCAUUGGAACAAAAAUAAAUUUGAUACUGGCUGCUGCAGCUGGGGCUUGCACUGUCAUAGUGACACAGCCCUUGGAUACAGCAUCCUCUAAAAUGCAAACAAGUGAAUUUGGAAAAUCCAGAAGACUUUGGAAAACCCUUUCGGAGGGCACCUGGAGUGAGGCAUUCGAUGGUCUUGGCAUAUCUCUUCUUCUGACGUCAAACCCAUCAAUCCAGUACACAGUUUUCGAUCAGUUGAAAAAAAGACUAUUGGAGCGGCAGCUCAGCAGAAGAUCAAGCAUAGAUUCAUCUCCAGAAGCUCUUUCUGCCUUUUCUGCUUUUGCAUUGGGUGCAGUUUCAAAGUGUAUGGCCACCUGUGUCACAUACCCAGCCAUCAGAUGUAAAGUGAUGCUUCAGGCGGCAGAAUCAGAUGAAAGUAGGAUUGAGGAAGUUCAACCAAAAACCGAGAAGACGAUUUCUGGUGCACUCUAUUCUAUUUGGAAAAAGGAGGGUUUGCUAGGUUUCUUUAAAGGAUUACUGGCCCAGAACCUGAAGACUGUGCUGAGCUCAGCAUUGCUUUUGAUGAUAAAGGAGAAGAUCUCAAAGACAACAUGGGUCCUAAUGCUUGCACUUAGAAGGUAUCUGUUUGUCACACGCAGCAGAAUCAAGAACGGUUGA